UCUUAAUAACAUUAUAGCUAAUUUUACAAUAAAAACUGAAGGAUGUACUAUUCCGGGAAUGAACAUCUUCAAUGUUAGUAUCCAACAAUUUGUACAUUAUCCUAUAGAUAUGAAAGAAUGCGAGAAGUGGAAUACAACUCUAUUGAAACGAAAUAGAACACAUAUUUGGAUAAACGACGAAGCUGAUUUAAACAAUGAUAUAAAUAAUAAUUUGACAUGCUGCUAUAAAGGUUUCUUCAUGCCGAAAUCAAUUGAAAAUAUUAAAGAGCCAUUCGUUGAUGACAGAGUCGAUUAUGGACAAUGCCAAAAACAUUGGAAUAUUUGAACAAUAAUGGCGCUGUAAGUUUACAAGGGUUCAAUAAGGUUGGUGAUAAUACUUUUCCAAAUAUAAUACCAAUGUUGUUAGGUAUAUCGUCGAAAGAAUUGAAGAAUACAUGCCUCCCACAUAGGAAGGCUAAAUUUGAUAAUUGUCCGUUUAUUUGGGAGCGGUUCAAACAAGCAGGUUACUAUACUGCGUUUGGAGAAGACGGAUCACAUUUGCGAGCUUUUAAUUAUGACGGUGCAGGUUUUGUCGAUGGUCCCACAGAUUAUUAUCUACACACAUUUAUGAAUGAAGCAGAGAAGAUUGCUGGUAAUAACAAGGACAUAUUUUCGUACUUAUGUUUACACGAUAAAUAUUUCUAUAAAGUCCUCUUAGACUACGUAGAAAAUUUAACAACUGCGUUGAGCGAUUCGAAAUUAUUCGGAUUCUUUUGGGAGUUCAGCAUGACGCACGAUUAUUUAAAUUAUCCGAUGAUUAUGGAUGAUGAUUACGUGAAUUUGUUUAAAGAAUUAGAUAGCAAUGGAUAUUUAGAAGACACUAUAGUAUUUCUAGUCAGCGAUCAUGGUAUGCGGUGGGGUGAUAUAAGAUUGACAAGACAAGGACGAUUGGAGGAACGUUUGCCUUUUGCAUUCAUAUUACUGCCAAGAUCAUUUCGGGAAAUAUAUACUGAAGCGUAUAAGAACUUAAAAUUAAAUGCUAAACGUCUGACAACACCGUUUGAUAUCCACGCAACAUUGUUAGAUUUGAUCAACAUAGACAAUCUUCGAAAUGAAAACAUUAAUAGAAUGAAACAAGAAGCGUAUGGAGAUGAUAGAAGUAUUAGCUUAUUCAUACCAAUUCCAAACAACCGCACGUGUAAGUCAGCAGAAAUUAGUGAGCAUUGGUGUACAUGCAAUAAAGAAAGGAGUAUAUCUAAUGAUGAUCCUGAUGCAAUAGCAGCAUCUACUCAUUUGAUCAAACAUUUUAAUAAUAUAUUAACAAAUUAUCCUCAAUGUGCUCGACAUGAGCUUGCAGAAAUAAUUGAAGCCGCGGAAAUUGCAGUAAAAGAUGACAAUGAAAUAGAUUCGAGAGUAAUUCUGGUCGUUUUACGUUCAAAACCAAGCAAUGGUAUAUUUGAGGGAACUCUACGCCGUGUAAAUGGAUUGUGGAAUAUAUCAGGCACAGUUAGUAGACUGAAUCUGUACGGGGAACAAGGCAACUGCAUGCCUGAGUUACGUCUAAGAUUGUAUUGUUUUUGUCAGCUCUAG